AGAAAGAAAAAAAAAUUCCAAGUUGGACCUCUUCAAUCGCGCGAGUGAGUUUCAACGGGCCCCGAAUUCGCAGUCUUGAUCCUAGCUCCAGUCUCGGUCUUCUCUGUCAGAUCUUGCCUAUCAAGACCGCUUCUCGAGUUCUGUCCCUUCCUUCACGCACCAGCGAUCAGUCUUUCUAUUCGCCGUCUUAAUACGUUUCAAGUCAUUUUAAUACAUUAAAAAUCAUACUCAAAAUGUCUCCUCCAAUGGUCGCUGGUAAAGAGAAGGAGUCCAACGUAGCGCGACUCCUUGGCUCUGGAUCUGCUGGUAUUGCCGAACUGGCCGUCUUCCACCCAGUCGAUACGAUCGCGAAACGAUUGAUGAGCAACACCACCAAAGUGUCGGGCUGGCCGCAACUGAAUGCCGUCAUCUUCAAGGACAAGGCCGCUGCUCCAGUUGGCAAGAAGUUCUUCUCCCUGUUCCCUGGUCUGGGUUACGCCGCAGGAUACAAGGUUUCGCAAAGAAUAUACAAGUACGGUGGACAGCCCAUUGCCAGAGAUUACCUUGCGGAACACUAUGGCAAGGACUUUGAGGGUGCCUUCGGAAAGAAGACGGGAAAGGCCAUCAUGCACUCGACAGCUGGCAGCCUGAUUGGCAUUGGCGAAAUCGUUCUCCUGCCUCUCGAUGUCCUCAAGAUCAAGCGUCAAACUAACCCGGAGGCUUUCCGUGGUCGUGGUAUCUUCAAGAUCAUCGCCGACGAGGGCUUCGGUCUGUAUAGAGGUUGGGGAUGGACUGCAGCCCGUAACGCGCCCGGUUCUUUCGCCCUCUUCGGUGGUUCGGCUUUCGCCAAGGAGUACCUCUUCCACCUCGACGACUACAACAAGGCCUCGUGGUUCCAGAACUUCGUUGCUUCCAUCGCUGGUGCCUCCGCUUCCCUUGUCGUCUCUGCCCCUCUCGAUGUCAUCAAGACCCGUAUCCAGAACCGAAACUUCGAAAACCCCGAGAGUGGAAUGAGAAUCAUUUCCAACAUGAUGAAGAACGAGGGCAUGUCGAGUUUCUUCAAGGGUCUGACGCCCAAGCUGCUCAUGACUGGACCCAAGCUCGUAUUCUCAUUCUGGCUGGCUCAGACGCUCAUCCCUGCUUUCGAUGGCCUGCUGAAAUAGACGACGUCCCUAAAAUAGAUGACGGCCCACGAAGAUAGAUGUGGAAAUGUAUUAGCGAAAUAUAAGGAUCUCAAGGUCUUUGAUGUAUAUACUAAGGAUAAAUCUGGCGUUCAAGGGCGGGCACUGGGCGCAGGUGCUUGGUUUUGGCCUCGGUUGGCAGGUAUUUGUGCAAACGAUUUUGGGCUAUAGACAAGACUCGACUCUAUAAAGGUACCUCGUUAAUGUAGCGUUCUAAUCAACGAUGUUCUGGCG